AUGAUAACUGAACAAUUUUCACUAUCGCCAAUGUACAACUAUUGCCGAAAAUCAAUUUUAUUGUUAAGUUCACUAGAAGCUGAAACUGAAAGCUCGAAAAUUUUAGAACAUAUUAAAACAUGCCUUAGGUACUUAUCAAGUUUCCAUGUCACUGAAGUGGAUGAAAAAUUAUUCCAAUGGAUCAUGCCAGCAAUAAAAAACACUUUACAAAAGGCAAUUGAUGAUAAUUUUUUAUUAUCUGAUACAUGUGAAGAUGACUUUGUUCUAAAUAUAUUAAAGCAAAAUUUAGGGUUACUCUUGGAAUUUAUUCAUAUAUUAAAAGAAGUUUUGGAUUUUUUUGCUGCAAAAGAUAAAAUUUGUUUAGUAGAUAUUAAAUAUACAGCUAUAACAUCAAUUCAGAUAAUAUCAUCAACAUAUGAUCAUUGCAGAAACAGUUCUGAAACAUAUAAAGUAAAUUUUAAUGAGGAUUUAUUAGAAAUAUUUAAAGUAAUGCAAGAAGUUCAUUCUAUGUACCUUCAGAUUUUUGAUACCACUAUUGUAGUUUCUGAAGCAUUAGAAGAUGAUACAGAAAAAAAGAUUUGUUACAAGACAAUUUAUGCACAAUUAGCCAGAAUUUGUUUUUACCUUAACGUAAAGCUACUAGCAACAAAUUGGAAAGGAUAUAUAGGAAUUGCUCAGAAAUUUCUGGAUAUAUUGAAAGAUCAAUUGGACCUGACGAAACCCAUAGGUUGUCUAGCUUCAAUCAUUUAUGAUAAUUUAUCUUCCUUAAAUGACCCUGAAACAAUAGACCCUUCGACACAGCAAAUCAUCAAGUUAACUGGAUUUUUGAUCAAAGUGAUUUUAAAAUUAUUAGAUAUAUUUUGGGAUUAUAAAGAAAAAAAUGUCGACAUGAUCAUGGAAUUCUGCUGCUCUAUAUACAGUUUUACUUCGCAUAGAUUUUCAAUGUUGGAGUAUCCCUUUGAAAUUAUCCAAUUAAUAGAUGACAGCAUAUUUGCUCAUAUGAAACCAUUCGUUUGGAAAUUUAUGCAAGAAGAACAAUUUUUGCAGGUAAAAAACAGUUUUAAGGAAUUUUUUUGGCCAGAAAAUAAUUUUGAUGAUUUAGUUGUACAUAUCGGAGCUGCCGUUAUAACACAUGACAUGUUUUACGCAAAAGUUGAAAUCAUCUUACUCGAAAACAUUUUACAAGAAGAAAUAUGGGCAUACUUUUUAGCUACAGAAAUAUGGUGUCUCGUAUUAAGAUCCUUAGACUGCACGUCAAAACUAAUUGUAAGCAUGUUUGAACCUAAAUUUGCGGCAGCUCGAACCAAGACUGAGGCGAUUGUAAAAAAUGUUUUAGCUCAAGAGGCUCAAUUCCAAUUAGAAAUUGACCUUCUAAGAGCAAAUUUCGUCAGCAUCACAAUCGAUUCGUCGAAUCAUAGAGAAAUUAAAGUUGUGCCCUUAAUGAUAUUAAACCAACUGGCACUCCUCUCGUCGAAUGACUGCUUCAAAAUCCACGUAUGUUUUUCACUCCAAUCGUUUUCCCAUGUAAAUAAAAACAAGUUAGGUCAAGAUAGCCGUAGAAUGUUCGGGACAAUUGUCACCAUUCUAUCGAAUUUACUCAACUCUAAUAACGUCGUUAAAUACACUGUUUUAGAACUUUUAGAAACGCUAGUACAAAAUGGAAAAGAGGAAAUUGUCAAGAACACGUUAAUGAACUGCGGUAACGAUAUAGUCGAGUUGGUUUCGACUUUUUUGAGAAAAAAUGUGGAAAAACAGAAAUUUAAUACAGAAUAUUUUAAGUUCAUCGGAGAAUUAAAAUAUAGACAUAACUGCGUUAUGAGGACACAUACACACACAGCUAAAAAAAUAAAGUUAGACAUAGAUGUACCUCACCAAAAUAGAGAUGAUUAUCCCAUAAGAGAAUCUCUACAAAAUGUUGAUCCUAUUCAAGUUAAAAAUAAUAUAAUAGAAGAACAGACUUCAACUCACGCAGUUAAACUUAGAGAUUAUAAACAUAGGUCGAAGUCGAAAAAGGAUCCUGCUGUGGUAGCUGUCGAAGAGUCCAAAGAAAAUGAAGAUGAUAGUAUAGAUGAAGUAUUGUGUAGGAUUAAAGGAGAAAUAAAAUGUUUAACCAAAGUUUUAAAGACUGAAAAGUUGUCUUCAAAAAAUGUUUCCGAUUUAAAAUAUAUUACAAACCAAUUAUCAUCGUUAAUGUAACUUAUAUUGAUUUUGAAUAAUAAACUAUUUUG